CACACUGCCAAUGCACUUAACUCCUGACCUACUAACACAGAUCCAUGAGUCAGGAAUGAGCCACAUUGAAAGGGAAAAAAAUCAAGAGGAAAAUGUGGUUCUUUGCUUUUUGUAAUAAAUAGGCGACCCAGAUAUUGCUUCACGUUUGGGUGGACAAAUACAUCGGUGACGUGUGACUUCUGCCCUGACGACAACGAGCGAGACCUAUUUUAAACGAGUCUUGGCUAAAAUAUUUUGUGAAGAGCACUGGAUUGUCCCUCGUCGAGGAUAUCAAUACUUCAUAAACACAUGAUGGUGAACAGUUGAGACUUCUGAGGGUACUGAAAGUCACCAAAAUGCAAUCAGUAAAGCUAGAAAUGGACUCCAGCGAGUCCUACGCUAGGGAUGAUGCCCUGCUACUGGCUGUGGCCUUACAAGGGGCCAACAGGGACUUGAUAGGCAAUGUCUCUACUGUGCCAUUUGGAGCCAAAACUACCUGUCGUAGGAAAAGGGAGUUCAUCCCGGAGGAGAAGAAGGACACCGUUUAUUGGGAGCGACGUCGGAAAAACAACGAGGCGGCCAAACGCUCAAGGGAGAAGCGGCGUAUAAAUGACAUGGUGCUUGAGAACAAGUUGAUGGCCCUGGGGGAGGAAAAUGCUUCUCUCAGAGCUGAACUGUUGUCGCUUAAACUCAAAUUUGGCCUUUUGAGCUCUGCGGCAUACACCCAGGAAGUUGAGAAAUUGUCCCGCCACACGAGCAGCCAACUAUAUCAGCAAAUUGCCACAGCCAGUGCUGACCAAGGUUCCUCCAGCAAGGAAUCUGAGCCUCAUCAGAUGCGCGGUAGCUGCAUUUCAGUCAUCAAACAUUCACCGAAUAUAUCCAAGGUAUGUGCUCCAACUCAGGGUAGUUCAAGUAUGUGCAGAACCACUGAGGUCAAACGGGAACCGACGGAGAAUGGCAGCUUCCUGCAUGAAAGAAGUAGUCCAUAUGAACUUCUUAGGAACUACAUGGCCAGCUCUUUGUCAAGAGCCUACACGCAACCGGCUUCAUUCUUGCAGAUCACCCGGUCGUCCAGUAACUCUCCCAGAAGCUCAGAUGACGGUGCUGUGAGCAAGUCAUCUGACGGUGAAGAUGAACAGCAGGUCCCCAAAGGGUUGUUGUCAUCUGAGAGAAGUGUUAUCGUAUCCACACACAAAGUGCCCGAAGCCGGUUCUUCAGCUUUGCCUCAUAAACUCCGACUCAAAGCCAAGACCGUCCAAAUUAAAGUAGAAGCCAUCGAUCCUGAGUACGAAUCUUCGGGAAAGUUCUCGUCUCCAGAAAGCGGAUCUUCGGACGCUUCACAGUACUCUCAGUCCUUGCCGUGCCCGUUGUCAGAACAGGUCACCACAAUUCAGGACUGGACUCAGCGGUCUGAGCAGUGGGAUAAAAGCAACAAAAAAACACUCCGUGAUCGUGGCUUUAGCUGCGGGCAAAACCAUUGCUUGUCAGACACUCCAACUGUGGAUACAAAACAGGCAUCCUAUGAACACUCAGAUGGAGAGGACUGCAAAAGUGGACUUUCUGAAGAAGUCACCGAAAACGGCUGCAAUUGAGUCAAGUGAAGCCGCCGAUUAUCACAAGCAGUCCCUGCUGAUAGCCUGAAUAACGUUUCGAUUAUUUGCAUCUUCUCUUUUUUGCUAUUAAUACACUGCGUGGUUGAUAUAAGGCUUUCAGCAAGUUUCUGGGCACAGUAUAUUUUCAAACAAAAGAUUCUGAAAUUCCAGUGUAAAAUGGUCAUGUUUUAGACACAAAACAAGCACCUACUGUUAAUAAAACGGAAACUAGGGUUAUUUUAUUUAUGCUUUAAGAAAGAAGAAGCGUAAUGUACAUUUUCACAUUGCUAACCUGUAAAGUUUACCAUUUAACCUGUACAGGUUUUUCUUCAGUCAUCAUCACCUGCUGUCUACCAGUUUUACAGUGGACCCUCACAAUUCACAUUAUACCGUAAUUUUCAGACUAUAAACCGCUACUUUUUCCCUCAUUUUGAAUCCUGUGGCUUAUAAUGCAGUGCGGUUUAUUUGUUGAUUUAUUCAGGUUAAUAGCUAACGCUUUAUUUGACAGUGGCGUCUGUUUUCCGAAAUUUCCAGGGCGCGGUGAAUCAGUAACAGGCACACUUUGGCAAAAUAGACAAUGUUUAUUGAUUAGAAAAUGCAGAAUAAAUGAGAUUUAUUGAUUACAAUCCCACAAGAGCAAGCAACAAGUCGCAAAAACAAUGGUAACGUGACGCUAGAUUUGAGUUUGUCAAUCCCAGAAUCCCCGCGUUAUCGUUACAGCUCAACUAGUUGUCCCUUAGUAAUGAAAAUCGCUUACCGUGAUAAAUGAGUGGGAAGCCAGCAACACUCCGGUAUAGCGGCAAAAGGACAAAGCUGGGCGAUCCGUACGCUUAAUCCCCCAGCGGACUUUACGGGUCGCCCGGAAACGUCCGAUUUUGUAAGGACGCACUCUUGGAGGCGGAGAGGCCAACUUCGGCCUCCGAGCAGCGCGGCCCCGUCCAAUGACAAACAUUAAAGCUACCUUUGGUUCAGCCCCCUUGAAAAAGGACUUUUCACAUGGGACAAAUGAGCUGUGCUGCAACAGAUGCAACAAAUGGGAAAUAUUAUGGGUGCAAAAGUUAUCUCGUGAGAUUCCAUCCUAGCUAUGGAACUCAGGCGCGUACUAUGGUACAAAACAAGUUAUCUCGUGAGAUUCCCUACUCAAGCGCGUCUCCUAACUAUGGGAACAAGGUGAAAAACAAUAGAUGUUGUUACAAUCUAUGUCACAGAAGCAAUCAUACAUCACAAAGGCAUAAUGUAAUAUUUUCCCCCAUCAUUCCGCCCUUUGACCCGGAUUGAAUUUAUCAUCUAAUUCACUUCGGGUCACAUAAUAUUUUCUCCAUAAGCGUCAUAACACUGUUAUAAGACUGCUCCCUUGGGGAAGACAGUCAAUCUCUGCUGCCACCUGCUUUCAACACUGUUGUCAUCCAACAUGCCUCCUAGCAUGCAUUGCAGCGCUACAGAUGUAAAUAACAAUCAAAAUUCAUGUUUUGUGCUAAUUAUUUCUUCAGUUACUGUUCCAGUUGUUUCAUUAAUUGCUAGUUAUGGUAUUUGGUAACACUUUAUUUGCCAGUGAGGCCAUAAGACUAUCAUAAGACAAUCAUAAUUAUGACAUGACACAAUCAUGGGCAUUACUGAAUGCUUAUGUCAUUAAGUGUCAUCCUGUAUAUUAUGUCAUUAACUCCAUUUAUAUCCAUAUCUUUUACAUCCAUUCAAAAGUGAGAUAACUUGCAGAAUGACACUAAAUAACAACUGUUAUCAGCAAUUAUUAAUGCUCAUGACAGUGUCAUGUCAUAAUUAUGAUUGUCUUAUGACAGUCAUGACACCACUGUCAAAUAAAGUGUUACCAAAU